AUGAGUGGUCUAAAGCUAGGCAAACCAGUUGUCGAUAGCCUUUGCCAGCUUGGAGGGACCUUGACUUUAUCAGGACUAAUACUUGGAGGUACUGGUAUUGGAAACGAAGGGGCCGUGAAAGUAACAGAAUCAUUGCUAAAAGGGACUGAGGAGCUUGCGAAACUUGACCUAUCAUAUUGUGGGCUAACAUCUGAUUAUAUUUUAAACAUUAAUGUCAGAAGCCUCUUGUUAUACGUGAUCCUUAGAGAAGCCUCAUGUAAUGAAUUUUGCAGGUCUGUUGGCGUUGAUUUGGCUCUUGAUGAUUUUCAGAAGGUUAGUGAUGAAGUUCCUUUCAUUGCUGAUCUUAAGCCUAGUGGGAAAUAUGUUAUGGAAGAUGUUCAUAAGAUUGGAGGGACCCCAGCAGUUAUCCGCUACCUUCUUGAGCAAGGCCUUUUAGAUGGUGACUAUUUGACUGUCACUGGAAAGACCCUAGCUGAAAACGCAGAACUUUUCCCUCCUUUGUCCAAAGGGCAGGAAAUAAUAAGACCAAUUGAAAAUCCCAUCAAGAAGACAGCUCACAUUCAAAUAUUAUAUGGAAACGUCGCACCUCAGGGUUCUGUUGCUAAAAUUACUGGAAAAGAGGGCUUGUACUUCUCUGGUCCCGCACUUGUUUUUGAAGGAGAGGAGGCAAUGAUUUCUGCCAUUUCAGAGGAUCCUUCGAGGUUUAAGGCACUAUCUUCUUCAAGUGGAGACAGCAAUGGCAAAGACUUGUGUGUAUCUCCUUCAAAAUUUGCAAAGAGUGAUGAGCUUUGGGAGUCUUAUGUGUAUCUCGAACCUCCAUUGAUCCAAGAUGUCCAAAUUCAACAGGAUUCAGAACUUAAGUCUUCGAAUACCAGCUUAGAAGACUGUUCUAGUUCUAGCUGUGGUUUUACUUUUCUUGAUGAGGACAAUUUAAUUACAUAUGACGGACCUUUCUCGACACUUGAAGUGACAAUUCCGCCUAGAGUUGAUAGUUGUGCCUAG